GCGACGCGAUGAAAGUGUAUACGACGAUGCUGGCGAUUCCAGAAGGAAAUAACCAUGUCUCUGAUAUGAUGAUUAGGUUCUCUACGGAUGACGAGGUGGAGCCUAUGACUGAGGGCAGCAAAGGGGGUUGGCAGGUUGAUGUACGUGCAUCUAAUGGCACUGUGAUGUUUCAUGGGACUCUGAAAUCGGAUGAACUGGAAGAGAUCCGUCAUAUGUCCAAUAAGAUGGACAGAUAUGACUGGGCAGUGCUUUUCUACAAAGUUUGCUUUAGACAGCUGGCUGGGGACGAUUCCAAACGUUAUGAGCUGAAUGCUCGGCUAGAAAGGAGCCCCAGUGGUGGUUGUAGGAUGAGCGUGGAUAUCAACGUGGUUUUGGGUAAAUCAACGGCUACUCAACUGAGACAGAAACUUGGUGGGUUUACGCUUGAUGAGGUCUCUGAGUCCGAGGUUGAUGAGGAGUACGAUCUGUUCACAUGGACAAGAGAGAUUUGUCAAAAUCGAGACCACUACAUGGAUGAGGUUGAUCGUCUGGAACGAGAGAACAAGAAGCUAAGCACACAGUUGGACGAGUUCAUGGCUCAGGAGCAAUUGAGCGUUGAUAAGCUUGUUGAGCAGGAGGAGCAUCAGUUGAUGGUGUUUACCAGACUGAUUAACGAUAUGAAAGAGCAGUACAUCAAGUUACAGACCACUGGCGACUCCGAAGACGUUGAUGAUCUGAUCAACAUGGAAAAGAUCAUGCGCAUUAGUGAGGAGGUGAGACUGGGAGAUGUCAAGUUGGGAGAUACUAAAACAACAACACCGAAGAAACGUGUCAAGCUGAAGAACACUUCGAACGGGAAGACCACAACCACACACGCUGCUCUCAAGACUGACAGCUUCACCUCCAAGCCGAACCAGCCAGAGGAAACGUCUUCGUCCAUAACUGAAACCCAUGGUCAUUCCAACGCUCUGAAGCUCGAACUCACUAGCGACCCCCAUCCCUCCAGUGAUAACCACCAAGAAAGCGAACUCGAAGAGACCAUUGAAGAUCCUGAAACCACAGAGGAACAGGACACCGAUUACUCUGGAGAAGACACCGACUAUGAAUAGAACUCCCGCACAGCUCAUCACAUCCAGACACCCAAGAUGGCGCACCCGCGUCGUUUCCACGGUGAUCGCGCAGAGGGAGAUGCACCCAGCGUGUGUCCCGAAACCAAAAGCCGCGUUUUCCGUUUUGGGACAAUACCGAGAAACCGUUUUCCCUCGUUUUUUUUUUUUUUU